UUGAGAAAGCCGAGCUGCUCCUCCCUAGCCCCUGGGCCCAGCCUUGCCACCAAGCAGCAGCCACACACAGGAGAGUUAUUUAUCUGUCACAAAGCAGGCAGCCCCCAGAUGGGGGAGGGGGGAAAGGGGUUCAUUCACAGUGGCUCCAGCAGGACCUCCUCUCCUCUGAGAGGGCAUGCUGGGGGGGGAGAGAGAAAGCAGGAGCCACAUUCAAUCUCCGCUAAGAGAGGGACACACACACACACACACCCCGGGAGCGUUUCCAAGCCCAGCCCCUCGCAGCAGCCCAGCCGCCGCAGCUCCCCUCUCUCUGCUCCUCAGGGCUCUUUGUUGGAAGGCGCCGACAGGGGGCUGAGUCACCAUGUCCUCCGCCAAGAAAGGCUUUUACCGGCAGGAAAUCACGAAAACCUUAUGGGAGGUGCGGGAGCGCUACCGGGACCUGCAGCCGGUGGGCUCCGGAGCCUACGGCGCUGUCUGCUCAGCUAUCGAUGGAAGAAAUGGCACCAAAGUGGCUAUCAAGAAAUUGUACCGCCCAUUUCAGUCCGAACUCUUUGCCAAACGAGCCUACCGGGAACUGCGCCUCCUGAAACACAUGAAGCAUGAAAAUGUUAUUGGAAUAUUGGAUGUGUUCACACCAGAUGUAACACUGGAGAAAUUUAAUGAUUUCUACCUAGUCAUGCCGUUUAUGGGAACAGACUUGAGUAAGAUAAUGAAGCAUGAGAAAUUAACUGAAGAUCGAAUCCAGUUCCUGGUCUAUCAAAUGUUAAAGGGCCUAAAGUAUAUCCAUUCAGCAGGCAUAAUUCACAGGGAUCUAAAGCCUGGAAAUUUAGCAGUAAAUGAAGAUUGUGAAUUGAAGAUUCUGGAUUUUGGGCUGGCAAGGCAUACGGACAGUGAAAUGACGGGCUACGUGGUUACUCGAUGGUACAGAGCCCCGGAGGUCAUACUUAAUUGGAUGCAUUAUACUCAAACAGUUGACAUCUGGUCAGUGGGCUGUAUUAUGGCAGAAAUGAUAACAGGGAGGCCACUGUUCAAAGGAAAUGAUCAUCUGGACCAGCUCACAGAAAUAAUGAAGGUAACAGGCACACCAACUCAAGAUUUUGUUCAGAAACUACAGAGUCAAGAUGCAAAAAAUUAUAUCAAAAGCCUCCCAAAAGUGCAGAAAAAAGACUUUGCAGCCAUCUUGAAGUAUGCAAAUCCUUUGGCUGUAAACCUUUUGGAGAAGAUGCUGGUGUUAGAUGCAGAGAAGAGGAUAACGGCAGUAGAAGCUUUAGCACAUCCUUAUUUUGAACCAAUUCAUGAUCCUGAAGAGGAAACUGAGGCAGAGAAAUAUGAUGACACAUUUGACAAUAUGGAUUUGCCACUGGAUGAGUGGAAGCGCAUUACCUAUAAAGAGGUAAUAAACUUCAAGCCAUCUCCCCUGCCUGAGUCAAAGGAAACAGCAGUGUAACCGUAUGAACCAUCUCUU